CCCCCGCCCGGGUGGGCUGCUAGCGGAUGCGCGGGUGGGAUGGAGCCGCUCCCCAGCGGCGGGCCAGGGGGGCGCUGGCGGCAGGGCCGGGUCCCCGCCAGGCCUGCGCGCCUCACCCGGCCGGGCCGGGGGCUUUCGGCAGUGGGGUUCUUGGGGCGCACAGCUAGGCCGUGAGAAUGGGAGCCUGUGUUUGCUUUUCCUGGAGACAAGUGUUUUGCAGAAUUACAGCUGGCAGCUAGUGUCACAGAAGAACUGCAAGUGCAAGCUAAGGCUCACGAUGGCUAGAGAAUCAAGGGAAAGCACAGCUCUGGACUCCCACUCUGCAGAGGACCAGAUGGACCUCCUGGUCAUAAAGGUGGAACAGGAAGAAGCCUCCCCCUUGGACGAGGAGGCCGGUUGGCUGGGCAGCCCCGGGCCCGACCGCUCCCGACAGCGCUUCCGAGCUUUCCGCUACCCCGAGGCUGCGGGGCCCCGGCAGGCGCUCAGCCGGCUCCGCGAGCUCUGCAGACAGUGGCUGCGACCAGAUAUGCACAGCAAGGAGCAGAUCCUGGAGCUGCUGGUGCUGGAGCAGUUCCUGACCAUCCUGCCAGCGGACUUGCAGAGCUGGGUGCGCGAGCAGCAUCCCGACAGCGGGGAGGAAGUGGUGGUGCUGCUGGAGUAUUUGGAGAGACAGCUGGAUGAACCACCGCCACAGGUCCCAGAUGAUGAUGAGGGGCAAGAACUCCUCUGUCCCAAGGAAGCACUGCUGACAUCAGCUCAGGUCUCAGAAAGCAGCCAGAUCGAGCCCAUGAAGCCUCUACUCAAGCAUGAAUCUCUGGGAUUGCUCACUUCACAAGUUAGAAUUGCCCAGGGAGGCCGUUGCAGAGAAGACACAGUGGCAGCUGCCAGGCUCACUCCGGAGUCACAGGGGUUGCUGAAAAUAGAAGACAUGGCCCCAAUCCUCUCCCCUAGAUGGACAGAGCAGGAUUCAUCUCAGAUGAACCUCUACAGAGAUGAUAUUCAGGAGAACUCUGGAAGCCUGGUGUCCCUGGAUCAGGAAAUGCAGACUAAGACCAGGGACUUGCCUCCACCCGAGGAAUACCCAGAACAGGAGCCUGAGCAGGCAGUGGCCCACCUGGGUGAAGACACUCUGCAGAUUUCUACAAGUACAGAAGCUGGAGAACAGGAAGGCAGGUUACAGACAACACAGAAAGUAGGGACUAGGCGGUUCUACUGUCGUGAAUGUGGGAAGAGUUUUGCUCAAAGUUCAGGUCUGAGUAAACACAAGAGAAUCCACACUGGGUUGAAACCCUAUGAAUGUGAAGAGUGUGGCAAAGCCUUCAUCGGAAGCUCUGCUCUCAUCAUUCAUCAGAGAGUUCACACUGGUGAGAAGCCAUAUGAGUGUGAAGAAUGUGGCAAGGCCUUCAGUCACAGCUCAGACCUCAUCAAGCACCAGAGAACCCACACUGGGGAGAAGCCCUACGAGUGUGAUGACUGUGGGAAAACCUUCACCCAGAGCUGCAGUCUUCUUGAACAUCACAGGAUUCACACUGGGGAGAAACCAUACCAGUGUAACAUGUGUCCUAAAGCCUUUAGGCGUAGCUCACAUCUCCUGAGACAUCAGAGGACCCAUACUGGGGAUAAAGACUUUUAUGUUCCAGAACCUUACUGGGAAAGUCAGAGUAAGGCAGAAAGCCAGUGGGAAAACAUUGAAACUCCUGUGUCUUAUCAGUGCAAUGAGUGUGAGAGAAGUUUCAGUAGGAUUACAAGCCUUAUUGAGCAUCAAAAAGUACACACUGGUGAGAAGCCCUUUGAAUGCCAAACAUGUGGGAAAGGCUUUACCCGGCCGUCAUACCUUAUUCAACACCAGAGACGACACACAGGGAAGAAAACUGCUGUCACAGUGACCCCUGCCAUCCAUUCCGAAGUUGGCGUUCCUCUGUCAUUAAACUGAAGCCAUGCCAGAGUCUUACUAACUACAGAAGUUGUAGAUGGGGGCUCUGUUCACCAGUACACAGCCUCAGCUGUUAGGAGUCUGGCUGAGACACAUCUACGUUCUAGAAGGUGAUGGGGAAAAAGAAACAAACUUAUUUCAUAGGAGGUUAUGAAAGAGCUGCCUGCAGGAGUUUUGUUCUUACCAUUGGAAUCAAGUGGGCUUCCAGACUGGCUAGUUGCCCUCCCUCAGCCAGUGCUUCUUGCCUGCUGAGGGGAUGGUUAUGAUUUGGGGGUGUUACUCUGACCCUUCCUUUGACUAAUGUACCCAUUACAGGUGGACAGACUCUUGGAAAUCUUAUGUCCUACUUUGUGCCUUGUAUACAGGUGCUAAUAAACAUUUAUUAAAUGUA